ACUCAAACACGAACUCAGUUACCUUUGGACUUAUGACUGAAGUUCAACGAAAGUGGGAAGUAGUUCUGUCCCAUUGUGUAAGAAGUAUAAGUUAAUUUGCUAGGGAAAUUAUUUCCAUUAGUAACAGUAAAAUUCAACAUUAUGGGAUCCGAGGUUUACGAGUUUCAAGUGGAAAUGACUUGUGAAGGCUGUUCUAAUGCAGUUAAAAGAGUUCUAGGCAAACUAGAAGGUCAGGGGGUUAACACAGUUUCCAUUGACCUGGAGAAGCAACGAGUGUAUGUUAAUUCGAGUCUCUCAUCUGCUCAAUUGUUGGAGACAAUUAAGAAAACAGGAAAAAGUUGCUCUUACAUUGGAGUGAAGUCAUCAUAAAAAAAAAAAAAAAAUAGAGCACUUUCUUGUGCCAAUAUAAAUG